GUCGAGUUGUUCUCAAACUCUAUGCUCUUCGGGGUCGGCGCGGAGAGCUGUGGGAAGAAGGAAGAGUAAUGGUGCUGGUGUAAUAUCGCAGGGCUGUGGGACUGACUCGCCUGAACGUUGAAGAUGACAACAGCGGCAAGGCCUACGUUUGAACCUGCAAGAGGUGGAAGAGGAAAGGGUGAAGGUGAUUUGAGUCAGCUUUCCAAGCAAUAUUCAAGUAGAGAUCUACCUUCUCACACAAAAAUUAAAUACAGACAAACUACUCAGGAUGCUCCUGAAGAGGUUCGCAACCGUGAUUUCAGGCGAGAACUAGAAGAGAGAGAGAGAGUUGCUGCAAGAGAAAAAAACAGAGAUCGUCCAACUAGAGAGCACACAACCUCAUCUUCUGUGUCGAAGAAACCUCGAUUAGAUCAGAUUCCUGCAGCCAACCUUGAUGCAGAUGAUCCCCUAACAGAUGAAGAUGAUGAAGAUGAAGAUUUUGAAGAAGAAAGUGAUGAUGAUGACACCGCAGCUUUACUGGCAGAACUAGAAAAAAUAAAAAAAGAAAGAGCUGAAGAACAAGCCCGGAAGGAACAAGAACAAAAGGCUGAAGAAGAGAGAAUUCGGAUGGAAAAUAUCCUCAGUGGAAACCCUCUUCUUAAUCUCACUGGUCCCUCUCAGCCUCAGGCCAACUUCAAAGUAAAGAGAAGGUGGGAUGAUGAUGUUGUCUUUAAGAACUGCGCCAAAGGAGUAGAUGAGCUGAAAAAGGACAAAAGAUUUGUAAAUGAUACCCUUCGAUCAGAAUUUCACAAAAAAUUCAUGGAGAAAUAUAUCAAGUAGUACAGUUUUAUGUGCUUAAUUAUUAAAAGGGGGCUCAUUCCAACUUGUAAGAGUUGUUCUGGCUUUGGUUUAGUCAGGAUUUUCUUCCCAUGCUCUUAAUGGCAUAUAGAUUUCCUGUAUUUAAGAUUCAAAAAUACCUUAUUGUGUGUGUGUCAAUAAUACUUUAUUUGAUAGUGGCAUCCUCAGUCUAGGAAUUGGUUUAAUCUCUCUUCCUACAUUGUUGAUUUAUCAUUUAAUAAACCAGUUUGUGUUCUGUGAA